AUGGGGGUGCUGCGGAGCACGCAGAGCAUGGCGGCGGAGGUGGAGGAGAUGCGGGCGGCGCUGCUGCUCGGCGCCGGCGGCCCCGGCCCCGCGUGGAGCUGGCGGCGGCGGGGCGCGGCCGCGGCGGCCAAGCGCGGGGCCGGCGCCGAGGAGGGCGCCGCGGAGGCGCGCGCCGUGUGCGUCACGGGCGGCAUCUCCUUCCUCGGCCUCGCCCUCGUCGACCGCCUCCUCCGCCACGGCUACGCCGUCCGCCUCGCCCUCGAGACCCAAGAGGAUCUGGACAAGCUGAGGGAGAUGGAUUUGUUCGGCGAGAAUGGUAGGGAUGGGGUCUGGACUAUUAUGGCAAAUGUCAUGGAUCCGGAGAGCUUGCACCGAGCUUUCGAUGGCUGUGUUGGUGUCUUCCAUACCUCAUCACUCGUGGAUCCAGGAGGCGUCUCCGGCUACACGAAACACAUGGCGACUCUGGAAGCCAAGGCGGCAGAGCAGGUGGUGGAAGCGUGCGUGAGGACGGAGUCGGUGAGGAAGUGCGUCUUCACCUCGUCGCUGCUGGCCUGCGUGUGGAGGCAGAGCUACCCUCACCGCCACCGGUUCCCCGCCACCGUCGACGAGAGCUGCUGGAGCGACGAGGCCUUCUGCCGGGACAAGAAGCUGUGGUUUGCGCUUGGCAAGACGAUGGCGGAGAAGGCGGCGUGGAGGGCGGCGCGGGGCCGGGACCUGAAGCUCGUGACGGUCUGCCCGGCGCUGGUGACCGGGCCGGGUUUCCGCCGGCGCAACUCCACCCCCUCCAUCGCCUACCUCAAAGGGGCGCACACCAUGCUGGCGGAGGGCCUGCUGGCGACGGCGGACGUGGAGCGGGUGGCGGAGGCGCACGUGCGCGUGUACGAGGCGAUGGGCGGCGCCACCGCCGCCGGCGGGCGGUACAUCUGCUACGACCACGUGGUGCGGUGCGCCGAGGAGUUCGCGCAGCUGGAGCGGCAGCUGGGGCUCCGGCCGAGGGCCCCGCCGCCCCCGGCCGCCGCGCCCCCGUCGUUCGAGCUCUGCAACCGGAAGCUAGCGCGAGUGCUGUCCUCCCGGAGGCGGUGCACCCACGACGCCUACCUCCCCGUCGCGUACGACUGA